ACAUUUGCAAAGAAAAUGAAGAACCAAAAGCAACAUAUUUCAAAUGCUGAGAACGAGGAGCACGAAGACACAGAAGGUGAAGAAAAUGAAGAGUGCCGUUCCUGUUCCACUGCUUUCAUAUCCCGGGAAGGUGACAAGUGCCCCAUCUGUCUGAACUGCCUCCUGGAACAAGAAAUCGGUGUUCCUGACAACUGCAGCCAUGCCUUCUGCGUGGCUUGUAUUCUUAAAUGGGCUGAGACAAAGGCCUCAUGUCCUAUUGAUCGCAGACCAUUUCAAGCCAUAUGCAAGCUCGAUGCAUUAGAGAAUCAAAUAAAGGUUCAGGUAAAGAAGCAAUUAUGGGAGAUAGAAGAGGAAAUCUGUGCCUGCAAUAAGGGAAAAAGUAGCCAUACAAACAUGAGAUUUAUAAGAGGAGCUAUAGCUCCAGAGAAGGGGCCUUUACCAGCAAAAUUAAACAGAGUUGUGAAGAAAAAACACAGUAAAGGUUUGUGUGAUAUACGAAACAAGAAAGCUUUGUCUGUGAAGAUAAACAAGCCCAGAAGAGAGACCUGCUGGGGUGAGCGCUUCAGAGCUGCUUUCUGCAGCACCCUGCCAGCCAACGGUAGCAGUGAGGAGUCCUUUUUAAGCUGUAGAAAUGACAGUACAGAAUUCACAGAAAUCAAUACAAUAAUCAGACAGAAGAGACAAGAGCUGCAGUUGUCCUGUCCGUCUGUGCUUGCUAGAGCUGAAAGGAUUCCUUUGAUGUCUUCUGGAGCUGAAGCUGAGGCCUUGCUUCUUACUCCUCCUACGUUGCCAGGGACGAUUCUUCCACGCAAUAUCAGGCCUUUGGAAAACUUUGAAUCCUCAGGCAAAGGAUAUGCUGUUGCCUGUACCCAAGAAGGAGAAGAGAAGCAGCAAGCGUCGGGUUCAUCUGGCACUAGAGGAACUCGGAAGAAGCCUCUUAAUCCUGCUCCUAGAAGGAGGUCUGCACGGACCAGCAGAAAUGGGGCUCUUGGCCACUCUCAGAGCUCACCUCAGUCAGGCAAUUCUGGAUGCAAUGCCCUUGAUGGCAGUAAUACCUCCCUGGAUAAAUCACCUUCAGAACUGGAGAAAGCUCUUCCAAAACGGAAGUCUAAAAGAACAGUCAAACAACAAACACCUCUGAUUAAGAAGAAGCUGAGAAGUUCUGCACGUUCUGAAAAAUCUUCCAGUGAUUCAGUGGAAGAUGAUGACGUUGCCGAGUCUGAAGCAGUUGCAGCGCUCAAAAAAGAUCAUUUGUCAGGUAAUGAAAGCAACAGUACAAGCCUCCUGCACAGAAAUAAUGUGGAAACAGAACCUGCUAAUGGAGUGGAAAGCUGUAGUGAACAUGCAGAAACUGAGGAGGCCACAGGAGAAUGUGGCAAAGAUGAAGAUGCUUCAAGAAAUACUGAUGCAGGUUUGUCUGUCCAAGAACCUCCAAUAUUAACGUUAGAGGAAGAAAGUCUGGAAUUUGAAAUAAAGGAUGAUACUGAAAAAAAUGUAGUUAUUAAGAAUCAGGACAGCAAUGAAGAUACUCUUGAACAAAUGGAAGCAACGACCAUUCCCAGGGAUGAGUUACUGGAGCAUACAACAACACUGGAAAAAGAUCAGGCAUUGGCUAGUCCUCAGAGUGAUUUAUUGGCAAAUGUUGAAACAUUAACAAAAAUAGAUCAACCGAAAGUUAGCUCAAAAAAUGAAUUGUUGGAAUAUCCAGAGUCUUUGGAGAAAAACUGCACAUCAGAGAGCACCAGCAGAAUAUCACAAGAGCCUUCAGAAGUCAUAGAAAUAGAGGAUUCUGAGGCUGAGGAAAGGACAGUAGUAGACACUGUAAGCACCGAUAUGCAAAACUUAGAAUCUGUCCAAGAUGAAGAAACAAACAAUAGUGCCCCAGACAGUGCCUCAGAGCAGUCCUUAAAAGAGAAGGCUGCGCCAGAAAGUGAAGAGGGUAGAACUUCAGAGGCACCCGAAGUAGACAGUGCACGGAAGCAUUUUGGUGAAGAUAACAGUGAAAUGGUACCGAUGGAUUGUGACUCAUUCUGCAGUGACCAGAAUGAACCUCAGGUUGAACAGUUACCACCAGCUGAGAGGAGAAGACAUCAAGAGGAAGAGAAAUUGUUAGAAAAUGAGGCUGGAAGCUCUACAUCAUUUUCAGGACUCUCUGAUGGAAAAGUUGAAACGAUUGCUCAGGAGAAAGAGUGCCAAUCAGAACUUAAAAAAGAUAAAAAGACUCGAACUAGAAGAUCUAGAUUUCACUCUCCAUCAACAACUUGGUCUCCUUCUAGGGGAGAGAGUAGGAAAUCCCAAUCACCAUCCCCCAAACGGGAGGUAACCAAAGACAGGAGCCCUCCUCGAUCACCAAAGCAGGAAACUGUUCGGGAAGGAGGGAGGUCCUCCUCUCCGUCUCCACAAAGAGAGACGUUCAAAGAUGAGAAGAAAACAGCAUCUCGAUCUCCCAAAAGAGAAACUCUCAGGGAAAGCAGAAGAUCAUCUUCUCGCUCAAGAGCUAGGGAUUCCUCUCCAAGGCAGAAAUCUAGAUCUCGAAGCAGCGACAGAGAUUGUCAAAGAAGAGAUCGUGACAGAGAAAGAAGAAACAGGAGAUGGUCGAGGUCGCGGUCACGGUCUAGGUCAAGAUCACGCUCUAGAACAAGAAAUAAGGGUUCUUCGUCAUCCAGGAAUGAGAGGGAUGGUCAUUCACCUCGGUGGAAAGAGAGAUGGACAAAUGACAGUUGGAGAAGUCCCAGAGGAAAUGAUCGGUACAAAAGGAGCGAUCAGGAAAAACAGAAUGAAAAUAUUAAAGAGAAGGACGAUGCAGAAAAACAUAACGAUGAUCAGUGUUCCUCAGACAAGCGCAGAAAUGACUGUCCAGACUGGGUAAUGGAAAGGAUAAAUUCUGCUCCGGAGAUGAGGAACAGAGAGCACGACAGAGCACAUUGGGAGGACUACCGGCAUGAGAACUCGGGGCACUCUUGGAAUAAAAACUUCAACUCUGGUUGGACCUCAAAUCGAGGGAGAGGUGGCCGUGGGAGAGGGGGGCGCGGAAGAGGUGGCUUCGUGUAUGGAGACCAGAGUGAAAAUCACUGGCAAAACAGAAAACCCCUCUCAGGGAACUCGAAUGGUUCUGGGAACGAGGCCGCGAGGCUGCCCGACCACCAGCCCUACAGGCGCAAGAGUGAGCAAGAUUAUUCCUUUGACACCCCUGCGGACAGGUCUGGCUGGACAUCGGCCUCCAGCUGGGCCGUCAGAAGGACUUUGCCUGCGGACGUGCAGAAUUACUACUCGAGAAGAGGGCGGAAUUCGUCAAGCCCACAGUCCGGCUGGGGGAUGAGGCAGGACGAGGAGCCCCCUGAGCAAGACCCGAGCCUGCAGGACCCGGGCGGGCAGCAGAGCGACGUCCCGCAGCCGCCCGUGACGGCGCUGGCGGGCGCCCAGCACCAGCCGCUGGCCGUCUUCCCCUACCCCGUGGGCGCCCCGCCGCCCGCGGUGCCCGUGCCGCGGAGCCCCUUCGGCGUCGCCCCGCCGCUGCCGUUGCACCUGCACGCCGGCGGACCUGCGAGUGCCCCUCAGGUGGCCGUGGCCGGCGGCGCGAGCGUGCCCUCGCUGCCCUCGCUGCCGGGGCCGGCACCGGGCUCCGGGCGGAGCGGCGGAGGCGCCGCCAGGACGGGCGGCUCCGGCACUGGCACCGUGGAGGCCAGCGCCGACAGCUCCAGGAAGGACCAGAAACUGCUCAUUCAGGAGAGGGCGGCACAGGAGGUGAAGCUGGCCAUUAAACCUUUCUACCAAAAUAAGGACAUCACCAAGGAGGAGUAUAAGGAAAUUGUGCGGAAGGCUGUAGACAAAGUCUGCCGCAGCAAGAGCGGGGAGGUGAACCCGGCCAAGGUGGCCAAUCUGGUGAGGGCCUACGUGGACAAGUACAAACACGCGCGGAGGAGGAACCCGGACGAGGCCGGCGGCGCCGGCGGCGAGAGGAAGUAGAUCCCGCCGCCGGCUUGAGCCUCGUCCCACCUACAAAGUGCAAUUGCAGCAUGAACAGUUGACUGAGAAUUGUACAUGACUGACCAGAAUCAGGUUUUGAUAAAACUAUUUUUCAGUGAUGUAGUAUAUAAUGCUUUGUUCUAAAGGGAUAGAACUUCUUUAUUCUUUCAGCUUUUUAAAAACAGAUGUCUAAAAGGGUAGAGGGUGUGAAGGAGAGCGUUGUUAGGGAUGUACGGUUGUGCGGAUGCUUAGAUGUGCAGCGUUGUGACCUCAGUCAUGGAGUGCAUUAAAUUAGAAGCGCUGGUUUGGGAACAGGUAUGUACAGUACGUGUCAGAUUUAAAGAAAAUUGUUUUUUCUUUUGAUUUCUCCCUAAUUAUAGCAAAGAUAAUGUAUUGCCUUGAUGGAUAUUUCUACUGUUAACUGGACAGGCUGAACGCAGGGGUCACUGUGUAUAUAAAAAAGCACAUGGAGUUGUCUGAACAGAAGAGCUGUUUAUUAUUAUUAUUUUUUCUUUUUUAAGAA